AUGGGGAUCCAGAAGGAACAAUUGGAGAAAACCUCCAGGCCGCUGUAUGGCUUCACAGGCGACUCCGUCAUCCCUCAAGGGACCAUCCGCCUGCCCAUAACCGCCGGUGAAAAGCCCCGACAGGUCAAGUUCCCCACCCCGAAUGGCGUGGGGGAAAUGAAAAGCAACCAGUAUGAAGCUAGGGUUGCGUAUUCUAACGCCAUGUGCGGAUAUGACCAACUAGGGAGACAGGAGACAAGGAUGGUUCACCAAGGCCUCGUCGAGGAUAUAGAUCCCCAGAUCCAGGAGGAAGUCACGUGGUCUCGACCUGUGGAACAGUUGGUGGAAGUCCGAGUUGGUGAAGGAAUCGACUCCGGAGUAAUAUGUCACUCCCUGAACGUCGACCCCUCAUAUCCACCCAAAAGACAAAAGCGUCGGCCGAUGAACCCCGAGAGGUAUGAGGCGCUGAGAGAAAAGGUCGACAAGCUGAUUAAUAAUGGGUUCAUCAGGGAGUCUCAUUAUCCUCGCUGGGUAUCAAAUCCCGUUUUAGUGACCAAGCCCAAUGGAGAUUGGAGAACAUGCAUCGACUUCAGUGAUCUCAAUAAAGCCUGCCCAAAGGAUGGCUUUCCACUCCCUCGCAUAGACUAA